ACAUCAGAACCGCAACCCACCACACCACACCACCAUCUUGCUUUGUCUCCUCCACUCGGCCCAACGUUCUUCCGCCCGCAUCGCGAACCCUCAAGGAUGGUUGAGAGACAAAACGCGCAAUGGCAAAAGAACCUGAUCCCGCAACGGGCUCAUUGUUAUACUUUCUCGUGAAGUUGAAUCUGUCUGGGCCUGAAGGUAUUGCGGUAUCUGAGCUCUUUAGCAAGUGGACCACGUCCGAAGAAGAGAGGGAGGAAGUCAAUGCAAUAUGGAAAGCCCUUGCUGCCCAAGGAGAUGUGCUCUGGGUAGACGGCGAGGAGCCACUCAGCCAAAGUCCUUUGACCAAGCAUUCCUACGACGAGCUUGUAGCUGCAAGACUCGGGAGCAAGAAGAUCCGUCUCAGAGACCCUCGGUGGGACUUUCCUUCCGAGGUGCCUGUAGGAAAGCUACCAUGGCCACCCAUCCUCGAUACAGAAGCAGGUCGUUGUGCAACACAUAUCGCUUGCCAUAGUGAUAUAUGGGCUCGAUACCCUCAGUGGGCAAUUAUCGCCAGGCAACCUACCCCAAUUCCAGGAUGGAACAGCUGGAACUUGGCAGCAUCGGCUCUAUCCCCGGGACGGUCAGAUGCACCACCAGAGACACCAAGACGCCGCACAGCUCGUACCAGACUGAAAUCUGGAUCUUCUAGCACGCUAAGAACCCGUCGUCAUCGAGAUGAUGACGAAAGACCAAUUCGUGAGGCUCUGUACACUUCAUAUGAGGAGAUGCAACGUCAGGAAGGAACCUCGGGAGUCUACAUGGGCCUCCCUGGCACUGAGAACACUCAAGGACACUCGAAAGCCAAGAGUAGCCUUGUUGCUGUCUUCAAGCAUCCUAAACUAAAGGACGAUACUCAUCUAUCAUCUGGGAGAGGUUCGUGGGCGCCUUAUGUUGCUGAAAUUCUGCAGAAGGACUUGGAGCACGUAAAGAAGACUACCAAGAGACCAAAGCGGAAUCAGUCGGGUAGGAAGUACACAAAGAGACAAAAGAAAGAUGUUGCCCCCGAUGCUUCUUCACCACCGCCAAGUGAAGUUCCUGCGUUGGAACAUAAUUCAACGCCCAGAGUUCCAUCACGUACGACGAAUUCGGGUACCGAUGCUUUUGAAAUGGAUGCUGGGGCACUACCAUCCAACGGAGUAGCAAGUGUUGCUGUAUCAAGCCAGCCACUAGGAGCACCAAACGCCUCGUCUUUUCUUGCGCCGGUUCAGCAGAUGCCGCAAUUGCAGCAAAUGCCAGGCUCUUCUGCUCCACAGCCUCAAUAUCGACAUAUUGAUCCUUACAGUCAUCCAAUCCAGCAGAACCAUUCUGACACACCCCAAUUUCCCCCGGCCAUGGAACCCACACAGAGCAGCCCGCUUCCUGCAACUGGUCAAUUACCGCUUGGGGGUGCUGCACCUACACAGAGACGAAGCAGAAGGACCUCACGUCAAAGCAGGCAAUCACAGUCUUUGCCUUCUUCCCGUUCUGCUUCUCAACCCGCUGUGCCACCUUGGCCUCCAACAACCUCGAACCAGUGGCCGCAGGCAAAUGCAUCAACCUACAAUUCUCCGUACCAGGCUGAACACGGCACAGCGCCAACCGCUCCUCGUCCUGAUUGGCCAUCUCCAUCGGCAGUACCUCCGCGUCACCAGGACCAUACCCAACAAUCCAUGGCACGUCACGAUAAUGUUGACUACAGCACUGGGUAUGCAUCGUUAGGGUACACUGUGCCUCCGCCUCAUAAUCACUCACUUCUAGAUCGGAUCUCAAAUUUGGGAAGGGCGACGACCUCUUAUUCAUCUCCAUACGUUACGUCUACGAAGCCCAAGCCUAGUGUCAAUGAGCCGCCGUCAGUCAAGACCUCAUUUCAACCCAUUUUCUCAGCGGUGACUCCACAACAAUCUGGCCAGAAUGUGAACUUGCCACAAGAUGUUGCAGCCAACAAGGGGAAUUCUUUGGGCUUCCGCGAUAUACCUGCAAAGUCUAUUACUCGGACAACACCUCAGCCGAACAGCAGGGCUUCCACUCCUAGCUCAGCAAUCAACCCCAACAGCCCAGCUGUUUACCAGUCGCUCAAUGAGUACUUUCGGUCACGCGAGGGUUCUCAUCGCGGAGCCUCGGAGCCUAUCCGUGAACAUAGACGGUCUUCUCAAAACAAUAUAGUGCAACAGGCUUCUAGUGCAAUACUGAAUGCUAGUCCUGCACUACUUGCCGGAUCCACGCAGGCACGAUCGCACUCCUCGCAUUACCAGCAACACACCAAAGAGAGUGGUUCGAUAGAAGUACCACAGGAGCAGUACCACGCUGGACCACCGUCUCCAAUUCGCAGCACUGUCUCUGCAGCUGCAGAUCGACUUCAAACGCUGCUAUCUAGCAAUCUUGGACAACUUGAAGAACCACGCGAUGCGCACAUUCAAGGUGGCGACACAGACUUUACUCCACAGCCUCUUACUUCCACUGUAAUCGCUCUUGUACCUUCAAAGACUUCUGGUCCGAACCCGAUUUACACGAAGUCAAACAGAUCACGGAAGAGGAAGCUAUCUGCAAAUCCCACACUUGAAGAUAAUCAUGAAGCCCCGAAAGCGAAGACUCGGAAGCGAAAGAGCAGUCAGGCACCUAAUCAAGCUGCGCUCGAACAAUCCCCCGUAAUCGAUGUCCAAGAGCCUGCCAGGGAGCUGACGGCAAGUGAAGAGAUCGAAGAACUUUUACGUGCUGCGUCAGAGCAAGCCAUUCCUGGCGACCAGGCACGUCUGCCAUGUAUCUUCACGAGAUAUGCUGGAAACCUUCUCUUGUUGAAAGACUUUUCCACUUUGGAAUUCUUUUGGACUGGUCAGAACCCACCCCAACCUCCUUUGGUUACUAUACCUGUCCUCCAGAUUGCAGAGAAUCCGAUUACAUCUAUCCGCGGGUCAAAGCCAAUGCAGCUGCGGGUUACACUCAAGAACGAGGAUGACGAGGAACCGGUGAUCCAUAACUUCAUCUACGGAAAAUCUGCUGUGAGCUCUAGAGCAGCGACACAAAUGAGAGAAAAGAUCGUGAUAGCUAUGGGUGCCGAGAGACUGCGGACUGGUGGUAACUACCAAAGACCCAUCGAAGCCAAAGAAAAAAUCACCAAACCUUAUCUCUGCACACUAUGCAAUGCUAGAUUUAAGAAUCCGAACGGCCUUCAAUAUCACCUCACCAAGUCGAACACCACAUGUAACCCUGGUUUUGAUCCGGCCUCGGCCAAAAAGCCACGAGGAGGCAGAGUGGCACCACCAAAGGAGGCAAUGGAGCCGACUCCACGUGCAACAAGAAAUGCCAAGGCUACAGCGAAGGAAACGGUGGAUUCAGAUGCUGCCGAGUCGAGUCACGCUUCUGAAAGCAGUGACGAUUCGAUUCUUGAAUGGGCACGAAAAGCAGCUGGUGUCGAAUCUCCACGCUCCACCUCCCGAGCUACACGGAAAGCCAAACCUACGCGCGUCUACAAAGCUUUGAAUCGAGAGACUGAAGUCCUGGGAGAAAUUCUUGCCAGCAUCUCCGAGAACCUUGAUCAAGAUGUUGAGACCCCAGCCUUACCUGCACCUUUUCCAUCAGAACUCCCUAGCCUUUCUCGCGUUGCAAGUCAGAUAUCUUCUACCGACGAGCUUACGGAAACGGUGGCAAGAGAGAUGGUGCGCGCCUUGAUCCAUGCCAACAACGACGUAUUUCCAGGCCAAAAGAGCGUGUGGAUGGGUUGUGUUGCUCUCUGGCUGAAGAUGCAUCCCCAAACCGAUGUUCUUCCGAGAUCUACGCUUUGCUCAAGGGUCAUUGACGAUCUCAUGGAUGACAAGAAACUUGAAUCCACAGACUUCACCUUCAUUGAUCACAAAUCCCGACUCGUCACUCGGAAUCUUAUCUAUAUCUACGGGGCUGACAUAUCUGGACCAAGAACAGAGAUGCUGAAAACUUCAAUGCAAGAGAUUCAUCCAAAGUUCUUUAUUCCUUCUCAUCUCGCACCUCCACCACUUGUAUUGGAUGCACUCCAAGCUCUUGCAAAUCGUCAAUUGGCUAGGCGUCCCGUGCAAGAGGAGAAACUGGCCGAAGCAGGGAACGAUGACAAUGAUCUCGUUAUAUUUGAUUCAGCUUCGCCUGAUUCAUUCCCUGAAGGAGAUCUUUCAGACUCUAACCGGUCCAAUCAGGGGAAAUUUGCUACCGACGAGGAUGAUGAAUCGGAAUCUGGCUCGGAAUUCGAAAUGGGAAGAAGAAACAAUACAAGAGCGGUCAAUUCGAGGCAGCGACGUGCUCGCAACUCAAGGCCGCCUUCUGACAAAAGAUACAGAAGUCCAACAACAAAUGCUAGGAUCUCCGAAUCCCUAAAAAAUAGGUGGAAGGACAUCAAAGCAGGCAAACUUGAAUAUCCUGAUUACUCCUCCAGGCGACCCAGUGGACGAUCUCGUUUGUGGGGUGAACCUAUCGUCGGACAAAGUCCUUCUCAAACGUGGCCCGGCGCAAAUGCUUACCUGCCAAACUCAGUGACAGGUGCCUGGGAUCGUUCAACUGCUCCGAAACCAAAGCCCGGACCCAAAGAUGGAAAGAUGCCAUUCACUCCUCGUCCCGCGGAGCCAAUUACUUUCUUACAAGCGAUGGACGGUUCCUGGUCUGUUAAACCAUUCGGUCAUGGUGUCAAGCCGAUAUAUUGCCGUCCAAAUCGUCGAGCACAUGGCGGUCCAAAUCUGCCUUCCUACCUGAAGAGAAUUGAGGAUGGACAUAGACCUAUAAUAUACCCAACGAAAGACGGAAUCUACUUGCCAACCCCCCCGUCGAAAGUGACCACAAAGCAACUUGUACAGAACCUAUCGGUAGAUAUCGCUCCUAUGACGAAUCCAAAGAGGAGGCAUACAAGAAGAGUUAACGUGUCGAUGAUGCCCCCAGAUCUGCCAGAAUAUUUGUCUGAGGAUGACUCGGCAUCUGAUUUUGAAGAGCCGACUGACUUUGUCGACCUAGCGUCAUCUCUGCGCCCGAAGCGCAGGUACACACGGAGAAGUAGCAAUAUCGAGAAUGACAAAGUUGUUUAUGUCAAUGAUAUGGAAUGGGAUGCGGACAUUGUGGUUCUGGAACCGAAGAAGAUGCAGAAGGAUGCACCUCCGAAUCCUGGCCUUGAUACAAUCCCUCCUAGAUUUGGCCUUCCUGCUUCAAUGUACAAGGGUCCGGAUCUACAGAGCAUUGAUUUCCCCACCAAAUACUUUUCUGUCAUGUACACAGAGCAAAAGUAUAUGGGGGAAGAUAUGGAUGGUCCGAAGGAAUGUUCUUGGACACUUCGCAAGCUGCAAUCAACUAGAGAUCUGUACCAAGUACAGUGGGUCGAUGACUUUGCCUUCACCUCAGAGUCGAUACCUUAUCAUGAACUCGAAGCUGAUGGUCAAGUCCUACCAAUAGCUCAGCCGGGCCAAGUGGAAGCUCUUCUUCGGAAGCGCCGAGCAAAGACUACUCUACCCCGGAAAAAGUCCCACAAACAAAUCACCUUCAAGCCCGUUGCAGGACGGCCGUCCUUGAAGGAAAGGAUCGCUUGGACACGCUCUCAAUUGGCUAUCACUUCCGACUUCACCACCGUAUUCAGAGACCCCAAGAAGGUAUCUUCCAAAUUCCACAUUGAAAUUGUAGAGCCGAACAAAGCAUCCCAAAAGCGGCAGCGACAUGUACCUUCCAACAUGUCUCCAGCUGACGAGAAUCGGUUCAUCGUUGCAGUGGUUGUUCAGCGUAUUUUGACAGGUGGAUUGGACCUGCUCUCUGAUUGGGUGCUGAUCGGGACUAUUUUCCAAGACUAUACCCUGAACUUCCUCGCUGAGUACUGGAAAAGAAUAUGCGAAGGCAAGGAAGCCGUGAUAGACCAGCUCGGCCGAGACUUUCAGGCCGCUUAUCCAGCUGCAUACAAGAAAGGUGUGGUUCCACCAUUCGACUGGAAUGAUCUGGCCAGCAAUGACUGGGACGGAUUGAUUAGCUGGGUUCAAGAUAAUGUGGUCUCUGUGUUCGGUCUCGAAGACGCUGCCAUUCCAGAUUCAAGAGAAGAACUGGAAGAGGAGUUCGAUAUGCUUGAGAGUGUAGUGGAACAGAAUUGGCGUAAUAUGUACUUCGCUCCGGGUUCAAUGAAGUACAAGCGAAUAGAAUUAUCGUCAACCGAGCCUCUCGUCACCUCUAUCACGAAAGAGGUAUCAGGAAAAGAUUCUGACGAGACUCUUCGAUCUUAUGUGCGAGCCACUGCCUUGACUCCAGAGCUAGAUUGGCCUGUCGCAAAGUUGUCUGCAAGGGAGAAACUUGCAUCCUUUGACGAAGAGAGCGUCGAACGAGUGAUAAGCUCCCUCAUUGCUUCCAAAGUCUUGAUGCACCGGAACAAAGGCCGUGCCGUUCCUGGUCGUGGUUUCGAAGGCACCGAUGCAUUCUACGCUAAUCUGCGCAAGCACAUGAAAGAGCCUCUGUUCAUUGAAGCUAUCACCUACAAGCGAUGGAUGGACGCCGAAUUCCGAUCCGGGACACCUUGUUUGUUGGUGGAUUACAUGGCGAAUGAAGGAUCCAUUCUGGUUCUAGCCUCUCUUCAGGCUCUCGGUCGGAUCAGAAUAGAUCUCCAGAAUCUUCCGAUGGAGAAGUUCGGUCUCACCGAAUCUGGUUACGAGACCAAGUCGAUCCCGAGAGAGAAGAUCACAUUUGACAUGACAAUCACACCAACACCUUCUUACCUCUACGACGAGCAGAACGAGAUCUUGCAGUCAUUCUUCGAACUGAGUCCCCCUAAGGACGAGGAGGAGGGCAGGAUUCCAAUCUGGUAUGGGAUCUCGGGGAUUUUGAUUCCGGAUAUCUGGAAGAAGGUUCUUGUAGCAUUUGCUCAGACUGUGGCGCUGAGAACUGGGAUCAACCUAGAUGGGUUGACGAAAGUUUUCAGACCCACGUUGGGGAAAUGGGAAGUGAAGAUAUUGAUGCAGUGGGGUGUGAGAGCCAGGAUUUUUGAGUGCGUGAAUGAGAAUGUGGAAGGGUGGACGGUUAAUGAGUGGUGGUGGGCUUUGGUGGGUAGGAUGUGUACGACUUGAUUGAUGUAUUAUUUAGGCGUGCUGGCGUGUCAAUAGGUUGUAUUGAUUGCUGGCGUUGCAGAGAUGGUGCAUUUGCAGCGGUGUUUGCUACGGUCCUGCAUUUCCAAUGGCGUUUGCUGACAUUUGAGCGCUUUCAGCUUCGCAUAUUGCUCUCUG